GAAGCGUGUGUGUGAGUAGGGCGAGACCUGCUUGAAUGAUCACGUAAAUGAAGCAUCGGUUUCAGGCCCCUGUUCUUCAAACCAGUACAAUCAAUCCGCAAAUUCACUCUCGCGAAACCUAAUUUCGUACAGUUCUAAUCUCACUAGCAACUAGACAACCAAAAGUUCGCAUUAAAUUAGCCCUAGAAAUCAACAACUUCAAGUUCAGUUUCAAUUUCAACUGCAAAGGUUGUUCCUGUUCGCUUCAAUACUGUUUUGGAGUAAAGUUAGGGUUUCAUCAAGCCAUGAGUCCAAUUCAGAACUUCGAGCAGCAUUCUCGCCAUCUCAUGGAGCCUGACCUCCCUAUACAAAACAGGCUUCAAAUGGCGAUGGAGGUACGGGAUAGUUUGGAGAUUACACAUACAGGGGAGUACUUAAAUUUCCUGAAGUGUUACUUCCGUCCGUUUUCUGGGAUUCUGUAUCAGAUAACAAAGCCGCAGUUUACUGACAACCCUGAGCAUAAGCUGCGAAACAUUAUCAUUGAAAUCCUUAAUCGUCUUCCUCAUAGUGAAGUGCUAAGGCCUUUUGUUCAGGAGCUGCUAAAAGUUGCAAUGCAUGUUCUUACGACUGAUAACGAGGAGAAUGGAUUGAUUUGCAUUCGCAUCAUAUUUGAUCUUUUGAGGAAUUUCAGACCUACACAAGAGACUGAAGUGCAGCCUUUUCUUGACUUUGUGUGUAAAAUUUACCAGAACUUUAGGCUCACAGUUAGCCAUUUCUUUGAAAGUGGUGCACUUGUGGCUCCAGCAGUGCCACCACCUUCAUCGAUGUCAGCGUUACCUUCCCUUGGUGGUGACGAUGUUAAGCCAAUGGAAAUUUCAGAUCAAGUUUCGUCCACUGCAUCAAGCACGGGGUCUGGACAACUUAAUCCUAGCACUAGGUCAUUUAAGAUUGUGACAGAGAGUCCGUUGGUGGUUAUGUUUCUCUUUCAGUUGUACAACCGACUUGUUCAGACUAACAUCCCUCAGUUAUUGCCAUUGAUGGUUUCUGCUAUCUCAGUCCCGGGUCCUGACAAGGUUCCACCACAUUUAAAGACCCACUUCACGGAGCUAAAAGGGGCUCAAGUUAAGACGGUCUCAUUCCUGACGUACCUUUUGAAGAGCUUUGCUGAUUAUAUUAGGCCACAUGAAGAAAGCAUAUGUAAAAGCAUUGUGAACCUGCUUGUGACUUGUUCAGACUCUGUUUCCAUUAGAAAGGAAUUGUUGAUAGCAUUGAAACAUGUCCUUGGAACGGAUUUUAAGAGGGGUUUAUUUCCUCUGAUUGAUACACUCUUGGAAGAGAGGGUUCUCGUGGGAAUUGGUCGGGCUUGUUUUGAGACAUUGAGGCCCUUGGCAUAUAGUCUCUUGGCAGAAAUCGUUCAUCAUGUUCGGGGAGAUCUUUCAUUGUCCCAGUUGUCACGGAUUAUCUACUUAUUUUCGAGUAAUAUGCACGACGCCUCAUUAUCUCUCAGCAUCCACACCACAUGCGCACGGUUAAUGUUGAAUCUGGUGGAGCCGAUUUUUGAGAAAGGUGUUGAUCUACCAUCCAUGGAUGAAGCAAGGAUCUUAUUGGGGCGAAUAUUGGAUGCUUUUGUUGGGAAAUUUAGCACCUUUAAGCGUAGCAUCCCACAGCUUCUGGAGGAUGGAGAAGAAGGAAAGGACCGAUCCACCUUAAAGGCAAAGCUUGAGUUGCCAGUGCAGGCUGUUUUAAACAUUCAGGUUCCGGUAGAACAUUCCAAAGAAGUCAGUGACUGUAAACAUCUGAUCAAGACCUUGGUUAUGGGAAUGAAAACAAUAAUAUGGAGUAUCACACAUGCACAUCUGCCCCGCUCACAGGUUUCACCGUCCACCCAUGGGACACCUCCACAGAUGCUUCCAACAACCCCACCUAAUUCAUCCCUAGGCCAGCAUUUCAAAGGGCUGAGAGAAGAAGAGGUAUGGAGAGCUUCUGGUGUCUUAAAGAGCGGUGUCCGUUGCUUAGCUCUCUUCAAGGAGAAAGAUGAAGAGAGAGAAAUGAUCCAUCUUUUUUCCCAGAUUUUGGCUAUUAUGGAACCUCGAGAUCUCAUGGACAUGUUCUCGUUAUGCAUGCCGGAACUUUUUGAAUGCAUGAUAUCCAACACACAGCUUGUGCACAUAUUUUCUACUCUUCUUCAAGCACCCAAGGUUUUUAAACCAUUUGCAGACGUCCUGGUUAAUUUCCUAGUCAGCAGCAAACUUGACGUUUUGAAACAUCCCGACUCCCCUGCAGCAAAACUUGUUCUUCAUCUUUUCCGCUUCUUAUUCGGUGCUGUAGCCAAAGCUCCAGCAGAAUGUGAGCGUAUUUUGCAGCCUCAUGUUCCCGUUAUCGUGGAAGCCUGCAUGAAAAACACCAGUGAAGUUGAGAAACCACUUGGUUAUCUACAACUUCUUAGAACAAUGUUCCGUGCCUUAGGUGGUGGAAAAUUUGAGCUUUUAUUAAGGGACUUAAUUCCCACUCUACAACCAUGCUUAAACAUGUUGUUGGCAAUGCUCGAGGGCCCUACAGCUGAAGAAAUGAGAGACCUUUUACUUGAGCUUUGUCUAACGCUCCCCGCACGGUUAAGUUCAUUGUUACCUCACCUUCCUCGAUUGAUGAAACCACUUGUUAUGUGUCUUAACGGGAGUGAUGAACUAGUCAGCUUAGGGUUACGCACACUUGAGUUUUGGAUUGAUAGCUUAAAUCCUGAUUUUCUUGAACCAAGUAUGGCAAAUGUGAUGUCUGAUGUGAUUUUAGCAUUAUGGUCCCACUUAAGGCCUGCACCGUACCCAUGGGGUGGUAAAUCUUUACAAUUACUUGGCAAGUUAGGCGGUCGUAAUAGACGGUUUCUCAAAGAGCCACUUGCACUUGAGUGCAAGGAUAACCCAGAGCAUGGGCUUCGAUUAAUUCUUACAUUUGAGCCUGAAACUCCGUUUCUGGUACCUUUGGAUCGAUGUAUUAAUCUUGCUAUAGCAGCUGUUAUGAACAAGACCGGUAGCAUGGAUGCUUUUUAUAGGAAACAAGCUUUAAAGUUUCUUAGAGUAUGCUUAUCAGCACAACUUGAUUUGCCCGGUCGUGCAACAGAUGAUGCGUUAAUAUCUCGACACUUAUCGAACGUUUUGGUCUCCUCAGUUGAUCCGUCUUGGAGAAGACCGGAAGCGUCUGAUGUUAAGACUGACUUGGGAGUGAAGACCAAAACACAACUAAUGGCUGAAAAAUCGGUAUUCAAGAUGCUGCUCAUGACCAUUCUUGCUGCUAGCGCAGAACCUGAAUUAGCUGACCCUAAAGAUGAAUAUGUUGCUAACAUCUGUCACCAUUUUGCAAUCAUAUUUCACUUGGAAAAUUCUUCUACCAACGCCCCUGUAUCAGCCAUUCCUCUUGGUGGUCCUUUACUGUCAUCAAACACAAGUAACAGUUCGAAACAAAGAAAUGGUAACAGCUCAAAUCUGAGAGAACUGGACCCUCUGAUCUUUCUAGAUGCUCUUGUGGAAGUACUCGCGGAUGAAAACAGACUUCACGCCAAAGCCGCUCUCAACGCACUAAAUACAUUUUCCGAGACUCUUUUAUUACUAGCUCGAUCCAAGCACGCUGAUGUGCUCAUGUCAAGAGGGGGUCCUGGUACUCCUAUGAUCGUUUCUAGUCCAUCGAUGAGUCCUGUAUAUUCACCACCUCCAAGUGUCAGGGUUCCCAUUUUUGAUCAAUUAUUACCUCGUUUGUUGCAUUGCUGUUAUGGAUCCACCUGGCAAGCUCAAAUGGGUGGGGUUAUUGGUCUUGGUGCUUUAGUGGGAAAAGUUACUGUUGAAACUUUAUGUGUUUUCCAAAUGCGAGUUGUAAGAGGGCUUGUAUUUGUUCUUAAAAGACUCCCUGUUUAUGCUGCAAAAGAACAAGAAGAAACUAGUCAGGUGCUGACUCAGGUUCUGCGGGUGGUUAAUAACGUUGAUGAAGCAAACAAUGAAGCCCGCAGACAGAGUUUUCAAGGAGUUGUUGAGUUUCUCGCUUCAGAGUUAUUAAACACAAACGCAACUGUAAGAGUCAGCAAAAUUGUGCAGUCUUGUUUGGCACUUUUGGCUAGUAGAACCGGCAGUGAAGUGUCGGAGUUGCUUGAACCACUAUACCAGCCUUUGCUUCAGUCUCUUUUAAUGCGCCCUCUUAGAUCAAAGAACGUUGACCAACAGGUUGGGACUGUGACAGCUUUAAAUUUUUGCCUUGCCUUGAGGCCGCCUCUUCUUAAGUUGACUCCAGAGUUGGUCAACUUUCUUCAAGAGGCGUUACAGAUUGCCGAGGCUGAUGAGACUGUGUGGGUCGCAAAGUUUAUGAACCCUAAAGUUGCCAUGUCAUUAACUAAACUCCGCACAGCUUGCAUCGAACUUUUAUGUACAGCAAUGGCGUGGGCAGAUUUCAAGACUCAAAAUCACUCCGAGUUACGUGCAAAAGUAAUUUCCAUGUUUUUCAAGUCAUUGACAAGCAGGACACCAGAAAUUGUAGCCGUCGCUAAAGAGGGAUUGAGACAGGUUAUUCAGCAGCAACGAAUGCCUAAAGAACUUCUACAAAGCAGCCUGAGGCCCAUACUAGUUAACUUGGCACAUACCAAGAAUCUCAAUAUGCCUCUACUGCAAGGUCUGGCCCGCCUCCUUGAACUUUUAUCGAAUUGGUUUAAUGUGGCGUUGGGAGGCAAACUGUUGGAGCAUUUGAAGAGAUGGUUGGAACCGGAUAAACUUCAGCAGAUUCAAAAAUCUUGGAAAAGCGGCGAAGAACCAAAAAUAGCAGCUGCUAUCAUCGAGCUGUUUCACUUACUCCCAAGUGCAGCAGGGAAGUUUCUAGAUGAACUUGUAACUUUAACUAUUGAUUUAGAAGGAGCCCUUCCGCCUGGACAGUUUUAUAGUGAGAUCAACAGUCCUUAUCGUCUUCCACUGACAAAGUUUUUAAAUCGUUAUCCACAAGCUGCUGUUGAUUAUUUUCUUGCUCGAUUAUGUGAACCAAAAUAUUUCCGCCGAUUAAUGUACAUUAUACGGUCAGAUGCUGGUCAGCCCUUGAGAGAAGAACUUGCAAAGUCACCAGAGAAGAUACUUUCAAGUGCAUUCCCUGAGUUCAUCCCGAAAGCUGAGUCAUCAACGGCUCAGGGAUCUCUAGAAACUUCUUCAUUAGGAGUUGAUGACAACACUCAGCCUCCAUCUAACCCCACUGCCCCUAGCGUCUUGCCAGACGCUUAUUUUCAGGGUCUUGCUCUUAUAAAAACAUUGGUCAAACUCAUUCCUGGAUGGUUGCAGAGUAACCGCAUUGUUUUUGAUACAUUGGUUUCUUUGUGGAAGUCCCCUGCAAGAAUAUCUCGGCUGCAGAAUAAGCAGGAACAGAGUUUGGUGCAAGUGAAAGAAAGCAAAUGGCUGGUCAAAUGCUUCUUAAACUAUCUACGCCAUGAUAAAACUGAAGUCAAUGUCCUGUUCGAAAUCCUCUCAAUCUUCUUAUACCAUACUCGGAUUGACUUCACCUUUUUAAAGGAGUUUUACAUCAUUGAGGUGGCUGAGGGCUACCCAUCCAGUAUGAAGAAAACCCUUCUUUUGCACUUUCUAAACAUCUUUCAAUCAAAACAAAUGGGUCAUGAUCACUUGGUGGUCAUCAUGCAAAUGCUGAUUCUUCCAAUGCUGGCUCAUGCAUUUCAGAAUGACCAGACAUGGGACGUUAUAGAUACCGCCAUUAUCAAAACAAUUGUUGACAAACUUUUGGACCCUCCUGAAGAGGUGACUUACCGACCCCCCAUCUCUGCUGAUUAUGAUGAGCCUUUGAGGAUAGAGCUACUACAACUUGCUACUUUACUUCUCAAAUAUCUCCAAACUGACCUUGUACAUCAUAGAAAGGAACUCAUUAAAUUCGGGUGGAAUCACCUAAAACGCGAAGACAGUGCUAGUAAGCAGUGGGCCUUUGUCAAUGUAUGCCACUUUUUGGAGGCCUAUCAAGCUCCAGAAAAGAUCAUAUUGCAGGUGUUUGUUGCUCUACUUCGGACAUGUCAACCAGAGAAUAAAAUGUUGGUCAAACAAGCCCUUGAUAUAUUAAUGCCAGCACUUCCACGAAGGUUGCCGAUUGGUGAUAACUCCCGUAUGCCAAUUUGGAUACGCUACACAAAAAAGAUUCUUGUGGAGGAAGGACAUUCGAUUCCUAAUCUUAUCCAUAUUUUCCAACUCAUUGUUCGUCAUUCAGAUCUUUUCUACAGUUGUAGGGCCCAGUUUGUACCUCAAAUGGUCAAUUCCCUCAGUCGCCUUGGUUUACCAUAUAAUACCACUACAGAGAACCGACGACUUGCAAUUGAACUUGCUGGGUUGGUUGUCAAUUGGGAGAGACAAAGACAAAAUGAGAUGAAAAUAGUCAAUGAUGGUGAAGGCACUAGUCAGAGUAACGAUGGGUCAAACCAUGGUUCAACUGGUGCUGACUCUAAACGGUCAAUGGAUGGAUCCACAUUAAAGGUUGAGCCUGGUCUUCAGUCUCUUGGUGUCAUGUCACCUGGUGGCGCCUCCUCAAUUCCAAACAUAGAGACACCAGGAGGAUCUACUGGACAACCAGAUGAGGAAUUUAAGCCUAAUGCUGCAAUGGAGGAAAUGAUAAUCAACUUUCUGAUAAGGGUGGCAUUGGUGAUAGAGCCUAAAGACAAGGAAGCAAGUCUCAUGUAUAAGCAAGCUUUAGAGCUCUUAUCACAAGCUUUAGAAGUGUGGCCAAACGCUAACGUAAAAUUCAACUAUUUAGAGAAGCUUCUGAGCAGCAUUCCACCAACUCAGUCGAAGGACCCGUCCACUGCUCUGGCCCAGGGUUUGGAUGUGAUGAAUAAAGUUUUGGAGAAACAGCCACAUUUGUUCAUUCGCAAUAACAUCAUUCAUAUUUCUCAAAUUCUGGAGCCCUGUUUCAAGUAUAAAAUGUUAGAUGCUGGAAAGUCGUUGUGCUCUUUGUUGAAAAUGGUUUUUGUUGCUUUUCCAUCGGAAGCUUCUAGUACCCCACAAGAUGUGAAGGCAUUGUACCAAAAAGUUGAGGAGCUUAUACAGAAGCACCUUGCGUCUGUUGCAGCUCCUCAAACAGCUGGUGAAGAUAACUCUGCUUCUAUGAUUAGUUUUGUGCUGUAUAUUAUACAAACCCUAGCAGAAGUGCAAAAGAAUGUCAUUGAUGCUUUUAAUUUAGUUCGGGUUCUCCAACGUCUGGCUCGUGAUUUGGCAUCUGCACCUGGAUCCUAUGCUAGACAAGGCCAAAGAACAGAUCCAGAUUCUGCAGUUAGUUCGUCUCGUCAAGGUGCGGAUGUUGGAGUGGUGAUUGCUAAUCUUAAAUCUGUCAUGAAACUCAUUGGUGAAAAGGUCAUGCUUGUGCCGGACUUCAAAAAGUCGAUAACACAAAUUCUAAGUUCCUUGCUCUCUGAAAAAGGAACCGACCACACAGUGCUUCUUUGCAUCCUCGAUGUAAUAAAGGGAUGGAUUGAUAAAGAUUUCGGUAUGCCUGGAAUGACUACGACUUCUGGUUCUUCUUUUCUUACUCCAAAAGAAGUCGUAUCCUUCCUUCAAAAGCUUUCUCAAGUCGAUAAACAGAACUUCUCCACAACUUCUCUCGAAGAGUGGGACCGGAAAUACCUUGAGCUCCUCUACGGGCUUUGUGCAGAUGCAAAUAAAUAUCCGUUAACCUUACGCCAAGAAGUGUUUCAGAAGGUAGAGAGACAGUUUUUACUAGGCUUAAGGGCAAAAGAUCCGGAAAUGAGGAUGAAAUUUUUCUCCCUUUAUCAUGAAUCUCUUCAGAAAACACUCUUCACACGGUUGCAAUACAUUAUUCAAGUCCAAGACUGGGAGGCUUUGAGCGAUGUCUUCUGGCUGAAACAAGGGCUCGAUCUUCUUCUUGCCAUAUUAGUCGAGAAUAAGCCCAUUACACUUCCUGCAAAUUCCGGCAAGGUUACGUCUCUUCUUGCUGCAGGCUCGCUUCCGGAACAAUCCGGAGCACAAUCGAUGGUUACCGAUGGAUCUGAGGUGUCGGAAGACGUUCCCCUAACGGUUGAUUCUCUUGUCAUGAAGCAUGCAAAGUUUAUGAGUGAAAUGAGCCGGCUUCAGGUUGGUGAUCUUGUAAUUCCACUGAGGGAGCUUGCUCAUACAGAUGCGAAUGUUGCGUAUCACUUAUGGGUACUGGUGUUUCCCAUUGUUUGGGUGACGUUAUGCAAGGAUGAACAAGUCAAACUCGCUAAGCCGAUAAUUUCUCUCUUCUCGAAAGAUUACCAUAAAAAGCAGCAGGGUAACAGGCCGAAUGUAGUGCAAGCUCUUUUAGAAGGACUUCAACUAAGUCACCCACAACCUCGAAUGCCUAGUGAACUCAUAAAAUAUAUCGGAAAGACUUACAAUGCAUGGCACAUUGCGUUGAACCUUCUAGAAAGUCACGUGAUGCUGUUUUUGAAUGAUACGAAAUGCUCCGAAUCCCUUGCUGAGCUUUACCGUUUGCUAAACGAGGAAGAUAUGAGAUAUGGAUUGUGGAAGAAACGAUCGAUUACCGCUGAAACACGGGUCGGGCUAUCACUUGUUCAGCAUGGUUACUGGCAACGGGCUCAAAGUUUGUUUUACCAAGCCAUGGUUAAGGCAACCCAAGGCACUUACAAUAACACCGUGCCCAAGGCUGAGAUGUGUCUUUGGGAGGAACAGUGGUUACAUUGUGCGAGUCAACUUAGUCAAUGGGACGUGCUGACAGACUUCGGUAAACUUGUUGAUAAUUACGAAAUAUUACUUGAUAGUCUCUGGAAACAACCUGAUUGGGCAUUUUUGAAAGAUAAUGUAAUUCCAAAGGCUCAAGUUGAAGAAACUCCAAAACUUCGUAUAAUCCAAGCAUAUUUUUCUCUACACGAAAAGAAUGCAAAUGGCGUCGGUGAUGCUGAAACUAUAGUCGGUAAAGGUGUUGACCUUGCUUUAGAACAGUGGUGGCAGUUGCCUGAGAUGUCUAUUCAUGCCAGAAUUCCUCUUUUGCAACAAUUCCAACAGUUAGUUGAGGUUCAAGAGUCUGCUCGAGUUAUAUUAGAUAUCGCUAAUGGUAGCAAAUUAAACGGAAAUCCUUCUGUCGGUGUGCAUGGCGGUCUUUACGCCGAUUUAAAAGACAUUCUUGAAACAUGGAGGCUUAGAACUCCAAACGACUGGGAUAAUUUGUCUGUUUGGUAUGACUUGCUUCAGUGGAGGAAUGAAAUGUAUAACUCGGUGAUCGACGCAUUUAAAGAUUUUGCAAACACAAAUUCUCAACUUCAUCACCUUGGUUACCGUGACAAGGCGUGGAAUGUUAAUAAACUUGCCCACAUUGUCCGCAAGCAAGGCCUUCACGAUGUUUGUGUCACCAUUUUGGAAAAAAUGUACGGCCACUCAACCAUGGAAGUGCAGGAGGCUUUUGUUAAGAUAAGGGAGCAAGCAAAGGCGUAUCUAGAAAUGAAGGGAGAGCUAACAAGCGGGCUUAAUUUGAUCAACAGUACUAAUCUGGAAUACUUUUCAGUCAAACACAAAGCAGAAAUUUACCGACUUAAAGGCGACUUUUUGUUAAAGCUACAUGACUGUGAAGGCGCCAAUCUUUCAUAUUCAAAUGCCAUCAGCCUUUUCAAAAACUUGCCUAAAGGGUGGAUAAGCUGGGGAAACUAUUGUGACAUGGCUUUUAAAGAGACUCAUGACGAGAUUUGGUUAGAGUAUGCUGUGAGUUGUUUUCUUCAAGGUAUUAAAUUUGGCAUUCCGAAUUCCAGAAGCCAUCUAGCUCGUGUUUUAUACCUUCUCAGCUUUGACACUCCCAAUGAGCCUGUGGGUCGAGCUUUUGAUAAAUACGUUGAUCAAAUACCUCAUUGGGUCUGGCUUUCGUGGAUUCCCCAACUAUUACUCUCUUUACAAAGAUCCGAAGCCCCACAUUGCAAACUCGUUCUGCUCAAAGUUGCAACCGUGUAUCCUCAGGCACUAUAUUACUGGCUUCGAACAUAUUUGCUCGAGCGUCGUGAUGUUGCGAACAAAUCUGAAUUUGGCAGAAUGGCAAUGGCUCAGCAAAGGCUGCAACAAAACAUGGUUGGUGGAGCUGACGGGAAUGCCAGACAAGCUGUCGGGUCUUCGGCGUCAGACAUGAACGGUCCACAAGGAACCCAGUCAACUGGUCCCGCUGGGUCACACGAUGGUGGUAACUCUCAGGGUCAAGAACCUGAACGGUCCACAGUUACUGAAGGCAGUGCGCUUGGUGGUACUGGUAAUGACCAGCAGAAUCCUUCUGUUAAUGAUGGUGGUCAGAAUGCGAUGAGGCGUAAUUAUGCUAUGGGUUUAGUUGCUUCUGCUACUAGUGCUUUUGAUGCUGCUAAAGAUAUAAUGGAAGCACUUAGAAGCAAACACACCAACUUAGCUAGUGAACUUGAGAGUUUACUGACUGAAAUCGGUUCAAGAUUUGUGACCCUACCAGAGGAGCGGCUACUGGCGGUGGUUAACGCUCUACUUCACCGUUGUUACAAGUAUCCAACCGCCACAACCGCAGAGGUACCACAGUCUCUUAAAAAGGAGCUGUCGGGUGUUUGCAGGGCGUGUUUUUCAGCAGAUGCCGUUAACAAACAUGUUGAAUUCGUGAGAGAAUACAAACAGGAUUUUGAACGCGACCUUGAUCCCGAAAGCGCUUCUACAUUCCCAGCCACACUAUCUGAUCUCACUGAAAGACUUAAACACUGGAAAAACAUUCUUCAAAGCAACGUUGAAGACCGUUUUCCAGCUGUUUUAAAACUUGAGGAAGAAAGCCGUGUAUUGCGUGACUUCCAUGUGGUUGAAGUCGAGGUUCCCGGACAAUACUUUACUGAUCAAGAAGUUGCCCCUGACCACACUGUGAAGCUAGAUAGGGUGGGGGCUGAUAUCCCGAUUGUGCGUAGGCAUGGGAGCAGUUUCCGUCGGUUGACUCUCAUAGGCUCUGAUGGGUCCCAACGCCAUUUUAUUGUCCAAACAUCUUUGACCCCAAAUGCCAGAAGCGAUGAACGGAUAUUACAACUUUUCCGUGUGAUGAAUCGUAUGUUUGAUAAGCACAAAGAAUCAAGACGUCGCCACAUCAACAUUCACACACCAAUUAUCAUCCCUGUUUGGUCUCAGGUUCGGAUGGUAGAAGAUGACUUAACAUACAGUACUUUUCUGGAGGUGUAUGAAAACCAUUGUUCGAGAAACAAUAAAGAGGCUGACCAACCAAUUGCUUAUUUUAAGGAGCAGUUAAACCAAGCAAUUUCGGGUCAAAUAUCACCUGAAACCGUAGUAGAUCUUCGUCUACAAGCUUACAACCACAUCACAAAAGAUUAUGUGUUUGACAAUAUAUUCUCUCAGUACAUGUACAAAACACUGUUGAGUGUAAAUCAUAUGUGGGCUUUCAAGAAGCAGUUUGCCAUCCAACUCGCACUUUCAAGUUUCACGUCUUUCAUGCUACAAAUUGGCGGACGGUCCCCUAACAAAAUAUUAUUUGCUAAGAACACUGGGAAAAUAUUCCAAACAGAUUUUCAUCCAGCAUAUGAUGCCAAUGGUAUGAUUGAGUUUAACGAACCUGUUCCGUUUCGGUUGACAAGAAAUUUGCAGGCGUUUUUCUCUCAUUUUGGUGUUGAGGGUCUCAUUGUCUCUGCCAUGUGUGCAUCAGCUCAAGCUGUUGUUUCUCCCAAGCAAAGUCAACAUUUGUGGCAUCAUUUAGCGAUGUUUUUCCGUGAUGAACUGUUAUCAUGGUCAUGGAGAAGACCUCUUGGAAUGCCUUUGGCCCCAGUGGUUGGUGGUGGUAGUUUGAACCCUGUUGAAUUUAGACAAAAGAUCACCACAAACGUGGAGGAAGUGAUCGGACGGAUCAAUGGGAUCGCGCCUCAAUUCAUAUCAGAAGAGGACGAGAACUCAGUGGACCCACCGCAGUCAGUGCAAAGAGGUGUAACUGAACUUGUCGAAGCAGCUCUUACUCCCAGAAACUUAUGCAUGAUGGACCCGACUUGGCAUCCGUGGUUUUGAUUUUAGCAAGAAGGCUAGAGGCAUACGAUAUGUAGAUGUACAUGCUAGCUUUUGAGUUGUAUAUAUGCAAACUAAAAACUCUCCUUGACUUUGACUGAUUAUGAUUGGCUGCGUGGGAUUUAUGAACUAAUUAGAACAUAAGCGUUUUGAUGAUUA